UCGGUCACUAACUCUCAGGGCUCAGUUGCCUGAGGACAUCAGUGCGAUGGGACUGUUUUUCGAGGAAAGAGAUGGAGAAAUAUCUCUUCCCUUGGGAAUUCCUUACUGAUGGUUGGCUGAGCUCCAGUCCCACUACCUGGGCAGUUAAUGCUGCCCUCGCAUUCAUAUGGGGGCUGGGGCUCUUCUUCCUCUUACUCUCCUAUUUCCAGCCUGAUCCGUCCUUACCACCAGGCAAGAAACACAGGAAGAGCAGGAAGUGCCAAGCAGAGCCACGGGGGAGCAACAGAAGGAAGAAAAACCAGACUCUGAAAGUUUUCAGAGAUUGCCUACAGGAUCUGGAAGAGGUUCAGGACCUGUUCUCCCUUCUGCAAAGAAGGAAAAUCACACCUCUUCCAGCUUCAAAGCUUCAGCACUCCCCCCUAGAAAUGGGGUCUGGGCACUCCACAGAGAAGUCAGCAUUGUCUGGGUGGACACGAGAAUGGCAACAAGUCUGACCUCCCAAGCGGGCAUCUGCUCCUGCAGAAAGGCCAAGAUGCCACCUGUCAGUGGGUGA